AUGACUGACGAUGGUUCACUAGAUUACAAGGCUCUCUUCCACGCAGCAGAGGAGGGACGAAGACGGGCAGAGGAGCUACGGGGAGAGGCAGAGAAACUCCGAAGGGAGGCAGAGGACCAAGCGAGACAGGAGAGGGCGCGCAAUCAACCUACAACGCUCUGGGAAUUCAUGAAGGCUUGUCAUGAUUUACUCUCUCGGCCUCUAAAAGUCGGAACGCUAUCUCACUCCACUAAAGGGAACAUUCCACCACCCACUGGGAAAUAUUGCCCAACAAAACUUUGUCUGUGGUCAGAUUGUCCUACACAACAGCAAGAAAUCUACAAUGUUGUAUCCACUUAUCUGCAACCAGCUGCAGGAGAAGCACCUCAAUUAUUUGCCUCCUUUGUCGAGCUGCAUGGCAUCAGUCGGCGUUUCUCCCGUCGACAGUUGCGGAGUGAAAGAGAUCUAGAGAUCUACGAACGGAUUGCAGUGGAAGACCAUGUCCAUGAUAUCAUAGCAGAGCUAUGCAAAAUACCAGAAGCUCAGAAGAGAUUUCAGCUUGGCGAAGGGGUCAUGUUCGACAGCCAUACGAAUACCCUAGAAGACCCAGAUGAUGAUGCAGAGCCGAUGGAUGAGUCCAGUACACUACAUCCCAGGCCGGACCAAUUUUGUAUCCAUCGAGUGGACAGCACCACUCGUGCCUUGCUUACCACGGUUGAGUAUAAGCCUCCACAUAAGCUCUCUGUUGAGAACCUCCGAGUAGGUCUUCGGCCAAUGAAGUUUUGGGAAGAAGUUGUUCAGGCCACGAUACCUCUUGAUACAAACGAAAAGCUGAAGUACAACGCAGAACAGCUGACUGGAGCAGUUUUGACUCAAGAGUAUCAUGUUAUGAUUCAACAAGGACUGGAAUACUCCUAUAUCACCAAUGGAUUUGCUCUGAUUCUUCUCCAUGUUCCGUAUGAUGAUCCCAGUACACUCUAUUACUAUCUCUUUGAACCAAAUAUGGAUGUGAAUCCUGAUGACCCUGAUGCUUUCCUCCGGCCAAAAACAGCUAUCGCCAGGGUGUUGUGUCUCUGUCUGAUGAGCUUUUCUUCCCAAAUCCGUAGUCAAACAUGGCGGAAUGCGGCAAGAUCUCAGCUACAUCUCUGGGAGACGAGUUUUGAUUAUAUCCAUUCAACGAUUCCCAAUGAAGAGCUGAAGCAAGUCCCUCCAGGCUCAGAAUAUGCAAGUUCAGAGGAAACAGCCUCUGAAUAUCUGCCAUCUUCUCCAUUGCAGUCUCCUCCGCAGCAAGGCCGCCGAGUCUCUACCCGAUCCCAAGCUGGCUGUUCACCUAUGGAUAGAGCAGUUCUACGUGACCCUAUGGAAUCUUCCGACUCCGACUCUGGCCCAGCAACACAGAGUCGGAAGCGAAGUUUCGGCCAAAUAAUGUCCUCGCCAUCUAAUCGCUCAUCAGAGCAUCCAGCAGACAAUAAUAGCCCCUCAAGUGGCGAAUACCGUCAGCACACAGAAAUGUUCUGUACGCAGAAUUGUUUAUUGGGUUUGCAGCAAAAAGAAGGUCUAUUGGAUCGCCGUUGCCCAAAUGUCCAUCUUCAUCAACAGGGGCAGAAUGGCGAUCGGCAUCGUAUUGAUGCAGGGAAGCUAGUGCAUCUAUUGAAACAGCAGCUCGAUCAUGACUUAGAUCAUAAUUGUACUCCGUUUGGAGAAUGUGGAUCGUAUGGUGCGCCAUUCAAAAUCACUUGUGCUACAUACGGCUACACUGUGGUUGGAAAGGGGACAACAUCCCGGCUUUGGAAACUUGUCUCACGCGAAGCAGAGAUAUACCGAAUUCUUCAGAAAGCACAGGGUUCAGCGGUCCCUGUGUUCCUCGGAGCUAUCAACCUGGAAUUAGUAUACUUUCUCCACGGUGCCGGAGAGAUCCGCCAUAUGCUGCUCAUGGGCUGGGGCGGGGGCGAUUUAAGAAAUGCCAAUGGCAGCCCAACACUGCACCGUGAGAUCUCUCGGUCGAAAAAGGAAAUCCGUAUGUUGGGAGUCGUGCACGAUGACUUACGGAAUGCCAACAUGUUAUGGAAUGAUGAACUGGGUCGGGUUCUGAUUAUAGACUUUCACCGGUCUCACAUAGACUGCCGGCCCAAGGAAAAGCGGAUUGGGUCCCUGAAAAGGUCUCUUGAUUGGGGCAGGUCGAAACGACAACGCCUGUCUCCAUGUAAAUGA